GGAACAUCUACCUCUCUAUAGUUAUAUACGUAUUAUACAAUACAAAGACGUUAGUAUUAUCAAGUGAAUUGACGAGGAAGGAGCUGCUAUGCGAAUUUGUUCCUCGUUAUGUUUGGGAUUUCUAACCAACAAGAUGAUCGAAUGCUCAUCGAAAGAAUUAAAUUUAGGUGCAACGUUGCAAGGUGGCCAAAGUUUCAGUGACUACUCUUUUAGAUGGUUGCCACAUGAAACUGGAUAUCGAGGUGUUUUUAAUAGUUCCGUUUGGACAUUAACUCAAAAUGAAACCAGUAUAAGAUAUACAAUUGAAGGAUCAUUAUCUGAUAAUCAAAAUUAUGAUGAAAUUUUAAGAGAAUAUUUCAGAUUGGAUAUAUCAUUAUUAGAUCAUUGUAAAAAAUGGAUCGAAGUAGAUAAAAAUUUUGAAAAGUCGUACGAAAAGGUAGACGGGAUUAGAAUAUUAAAUCAGGACAUAUUAGAAAAUCUAUUCUCCUCUAUCUGUACUUCUAACAACAAUAUACAGAGGAUAUCCGGAAUGGUUGAAAAAUUAUGUACGCUAUUUGGUAAGAAAAUAUGUUCCAUUGAUGGUAAUGAUUAUUUUGAUUUUCCAACGUUGGAAUUAUUACAAGGACAAAACGUAGAGUCUAUAUUGAGAAAGGAAGGAUUUGGAUAUCGUGCUGCGUAUAUAGCAAAUACUGCAAAAAAAGUGCAGGAACUUGGGGGAAGAAAAUGGCUUAUGAGUCUUCAUAAAUGUAAUAAUGCCUCUUAUUUUGAGGCUAAAGAACAAUUACUUACACUUCCCGGAGUUGGUCCAAAAGUAGCCGAUUGUAUUUGUUUAAUGUCUUUGGGACAUUUAGAAGCCAUACCAAUAGAUACACAUAUAUUUCAAGUUGUACGAGCAAAUUAUUUACCGCAUUUAGGAAAACAGAAAACAGUAACUCCAAAAAUUCAUGAAGAAAUUAGUACGCAUUUACGUGAAUUAUGGGGUCCUUUGGCUGGUUGGGCUCAAGCUAUUUUAUUUUGUGCUAAAAUUGCUGAUAACGCAAAGAAUACUUUAAAUAAAAAACGAAGUAAUACGAGGAAUAAAAUAGAACCAGAAAAGAAAAUUCAAAGAUUAAAAUAAAUUAUUAUUAUUCUUACAA